CCUUCCUGGCGGGAAGUGACGGAGCCGCUCCGAGGGGAAGUGACGCGCGUGGCGUGCGGGCCCGGAGCGGUGUGGGGGGGGCUCGGACAAGAUGGCCGGAUCCACAGUUAAAGUACCUCGUAAUUUUCGCUUGUUGGAAGAACUUGAAGAAGGGCAGAAGGGAGUGGGUGAUGGUACAGUAAGCUGGGGCCUUGAAGAUGAUGAAGAUAUGACACUCACCAGAUGGACAGGAAUGAUUAUUGGGCCACCAAGGACAAACUAUGAAAACAGAAUAUACAGUCUGAAAGUAGAGUGUGGACCUAAAUACCCAGAAGCACCUCCUACAGUUAGAUUUGUUACUAAAAUUAAUAUGAAUGGAAUAAAUAAUUCCAAUGGAAUGGUGGAUGCACGGAGCAUACCAGUGUUAGCAAAAUGGCAAAAUUCAUAUAGCAUUAAAGUUGUACUUCAAGAGCUAAGACGUCUAAUGAUGUCCAAAGAAAAUAUGAAGCUUCCACAACCUCCAGAGGGACAAACUUACAAUAAUUAAUUUUAGCUGAUUCUCAAACUUCUGUCUUAAAACAACAACCUUCUACUCAUGUAAUGUCUUGAUUAAAUCUCACAAUGCAAACACCCACACAUUAAAGAAUUUCAGCUGGUAUACAUGACCUGGACAUUUGUAAGAAUAUAUAUAAUAUAUGUAUGCCCAAUAUGUUUUCAGGCACUAUGGGAGAAAAAGGCAGCACAAUUAUUUUUUUUCUCUUACUGAGGCACUGUCAUUUAAGCAUAAGCCUGAAAUAGCCUAUAAUUGGAAUUCAGGUUUUACAAGAUGAAAGCAUGACAGAAAGUGUCAGAUUGCUGUGGAAUAAUAUAUGUUACUGAAAAUAAUUUCUGGAGAAGGCAAAAUAUAAAUGGCAUGCUUUAUCCAUCUUGCUUAGUAAAAGAGCUGCAGUUAAAUUUGUUUUAAGGUAGCAGGUACAGUGAAUACCGUUGCUCAUCUUGUUUAAUUUUGCAAGGGUGUGGGUGCCGACUACUAGUAGUGUCACAAAGUAUGUUCAGGAUUGUUUUGAUACCUGUAUUUAUAAAAUGGGGGGAUUAAUUUCUGUUAAGCAGCUCCUGUGUUACAUGUAUUGGACAUGGCAAAUAUUUGUUUACAGUCUUUGUUCUAAUAAACCAUGCAUUUAAGUUUUAGUGAAACAAAGGAAAUGUAUGGAUAUGUGAUUGAGAUUAAAGUUAGUCUUAAAAUGUAAAUAAACUGUGGAAAGUGUCUGAGGCUGUGCCAUUUCUAUAAUAGUCAUGUAAUAUAUGGACAGUAACUGGCAGAAGUAGUGGAAAGCCAAACAUAAUAUUGCUGCUGGUGUUACGUGCACCUUUUGCUCUUAUCACUUUUGUAUGGUUAGUUUACUUGAGAGGUCAAGAUAUUCCAUAUGUUGCAGGGGAGUAAGUUCUGUCAUCUGUAGUAUCACUUCUUUAGAGAAACUUGCACUCUGUGUGUGUGUAUAUAAAUAUAUUAAAAACAACCCCGAACACCAAACUAAGCCCAAAAUAAAAACAAACAAAACCCCUUUGCCUACCCAUCUGCCCUUUAGUUCACCUCCAGAUUCUUUCCAGAAAUGAGCUUAACUUUCACUUUGCUUACUUGACCUCUAAGCAGUUUUCAGAUCAUAUUGUUGAAGUCUGUCCUACUUCUCAGUCCUUUGUCUUGUUUUCUUACAUUUUUUCCUCUUUUAUGUUACUUGCCUUUUUUCCUUGCCUGUUCUGCCUUUGCCUUUUCUGAAACACACAAAAAAGAAACUUCAGGAAGCUUUACUAAAAAUCACACCUGUGCUACAGAUUAUCAUAUUUCCAUCUGCUUAAGAUGAAUCAUUUGCUGUGAUGCCACUGUGUUUGUAGCUAGAAGCUUUCUGCCUUUCCUGCAGUCCUCAGUCUGUUUUUUCAAUGUGUUCUGUCUGGUGGGAACACUGGUUUUAUUUCUGUUCCUGAUCUCUCAUAAGCAAGUAGGUAAUGCUGUUCUUUUGGAUAUUACAUCUUCUUUCGCUGCCCCUCACCUUGGAGAAUGCAAACCUUUGUUCAUUUUGGUGAGAAUAUGUGACAUUGGGAGUGAGUCAGCUGUUUGCAUUCAAAGUUUUAUUUAGUGGUUCUUUUGAAAAGUGGAUAUGAUCAAAAGCCAUCAACAGCUAGGUAACUUUCUUUGAUAAGCCUUUGCCUGUUUCUGAUGUAAACACUGAAAAGCAAUAAACUAGGUAUUAUUUUUUUUUUAAUGGAAAGAUUUGAUUGAUAUUUGUCAAUUUAUGCUUUUUAGACAAAUUGGGCACUUCCAGAAUUGGUGGAUUUAUAGCUGCCAGCUACCUCGUGUCUGUAUUUAUAUAACAUAUCAUUUGUGAUGGUUUGGCUGAAGUGCAUUGCAACAUUUUUUUUCCUUGUUUUAAUUGGAAUGACUUUGAUGCCAUUAAAUCUUCUUUCUUACACUAACACUGCUAAUCUAUAUUCAAUCAAUUAAAAUAAUGGAACUGUACAGUUCUGAGAUGUGAAUUUUUGGGGAAGAUUACAACAGAAGCUGUUGAGAGAAUGCUUGUAGACUAUUAUUUGGUUGGUAACAUAAUUUAAGAGACUGGCUUAUUCACAGAGCAUCAAGAAGAGCUUGUUGUUUGCAUGGUUGUGUGUGGUACAAGGUGGUCCUGUAAUAGUCUGUCCAUUUGUAUUGAUGAGAAUUUGCAUAUCCAGCUCUAAACAGAUACAUUUUGCAAAGGAAAAAUCAGUUCUGGAGGGAGUUGAGCUGAUCUCUGACACUGGAGUAUGUGAUAGAUGGAUGACUACAAAAAUAUUCCUGCAGUGAUCUUAGGUGUGUUGGUUUUCUAUUUUGCUUACACUGGGACAAGUCUGAAGUGUAAUUAAUUAUGAAAUUUUAAAAUGUCUUCAACUACUGCAUAAAGUUCAGAGCCUCCUCAAAGCACUUCUACUACCUGAAGAAGAUUUUGAAGCACUGUGCUUACUCUCCUCCAGAAAAAUAAUGUUUUGCAAGUGUCAAUGUCUGAUCAAUGUUUACUUCAAAUUUUCUUUCUCAUAUUCUGAAGUUCUCAUUAGGUAACCUACUUAGGUGACAGAAUUUUAAUUUUCCUCUCAUGAUUAUUUAACUUGUGUUACAUUCUUUUGGCAAGAUUUGAAUUUGCCAUUGUUACCAAAUGUGUAUUUUUUUUUCUUUUCAAACCCGUACUUGAACUAUUAUCAAAUAAAUCUUGCAAAGCAGAUUUGAAGCCAAUUGAGUGAGAGACAAAAUGGAAACGCUCUAAAUACAUAAUUCUUUUUGUGUUGAUGGUCAUUGACUGGGAUUUAAACUAGCUUUGUGCCCUGAAGCAUUGCCAAAGUUCUUGUGUUUUGAUUGUUUGACACACAGAUCCAUUUUCUAUGAAGCAGAGAAAAAAAGCCAAAGAUGGUAUGAUUCAUACUUUGUUAAACCUUAAGAUACAAUGAGCAAGCCUAUGGAAAUAGCCACAUUAUAAAUGAUGUGCCUUACUCAUAGAUAAUAAAGAAAAAAAAACAUUGCAAGGUGUGAAGAUACCAAUGGCCUUGACUGCUCUCCUCUUCCUGAAUGCAAGCUGAGAAUACUUUUCACCAAGCAAGACAGAGUCAGCAGUGCAUCCCUCAACUAUUAUCAAAUAAAUGCAUAGUGCACAUUCCUCCUAAAUGUUUGUUACUGUAUAGAGGAUACCUAAAGAAAAAUUCUAGUACGUAUUAUGACAAUUGAUCAUCUAUAAUGGUAACAACUGUAUAAUUUAGACAAGUGUUUGUGUUUUACAUGGUUACUUAUAUGGUGAGUUUGUAGCUAUUUAGUAGCUUUUGGGACAAUAUAGCUCAAGGCCUAAAAAUAUGUUACACUUCUAUUAUGCUCUCUUUUGAUGCAGAAGGCGCACUUAGUAGACCACCUGAUAAUUGUCCUGUGGUAGAAGCAGGAUGUCUGACUACUACUUGCUUGAAUUCUGGCCUCUAGUUUAUGAAAACAGCCAGAUUGCCCUGGUGUGGCUGAUUUCAGCUGCUAGAGGAGGAGCAAACUGGUACUAAGCACGUCUGAAUAAGCAUUACUGUACCAAAGAAAGAUGACUUAAAACUCCUGUUGGUCUUUUAUGUGAGUAAAAUUCCAGAUAGAUGUGAAGCAGUGGGACAAAAUAUGUUUCUUGUCAAUGUUUCUAAAUAAUGUGUUCAGAACUCUUUUGUGAAGCUUGAAAGAUUUAUGAGGUGGGGAGGUGUUGGAGGAACAUGACUGUCUGUUGUUUUUAUUUAAUAAUAAUGAUAAUAAAUUAAAAAGCUUUAAAACUUGUUAA